UCCAGGGGUAAUGGUAACUCUUUACCAGCUUUUCUAGAAAAGAUCGAGAUGAAGCUGGGCGGUAAGUCCGUGCUGCUUAAUUCUAAUCAGUGCUACUUUCAUGUUUGCAUAUGAACAGGUUCUAUGUUGGCCUGAAUGAUAAAACAGAAUGAACAGGUUCUACGUUGGCCUAAAUGGUGAAACAGAACGAGGACGACUGCAAGACAAAUGCGCAGUAUCUGACAGCAAACCAUGUCUCUUUGUCUUUGGAGUGAUCAAGGGGUUCACACACCGGCGAUGAUUGACUAAAAUAUGGAAGAAGGUACCCAUGGCUGGUAUGGAUCGAGACUGGGACCACUCUGGAGAAUGGCUUGCGAGCAGUCCUGAAAGGAGGAAAGCACUGAAUUCAGAAGCGUGAACGACGGAGCGAGAAUUCUUGAAAAGUCGGGUUCAAUACGGUGAAUGAUGGCUCUUCGAGUGAAAUUUAGCAGCUCGUCGUCUCGCAAAUUCUUGCUAUCGUCGGAAGGAGGUGCAUCGUUGCUCCUUUCUUGCUGCAUUUUUUUCUGUAUGUCCGCGAGCUUUGGGACUUACUGGGCAUUCUCUUCCUCCUACAGACUCCACCCGAUCAAGUUUCUCACGUUUCCGGAGCGACACAAGAGUUCCAGUGCUUUUCUCGUCACAGACAGGGACAGAGCACGGCAUCCUUUUAACCGGGGCGAUCAUCAAGAAUUUCCAGAUGGCCAGGACUUGGACUCGUGUGAGGGGAGGCGGGUGUUCAUGUACGAGCUUCCUCGCAGAUUCAACUUGGAAGUCCUGGAAAAAUGCGACAAGAUGGUCUCCUGGCUUACGUUCUGCGACCACUUCAUCAACCAUGGCUUCGGGAAGGCGCUGGCUGGAGCAAAUUCUUCGUGGUACGCCACCGAUCCUUACAUGCUGGAGGUGAUCUUCCACGAGAGGAUGCACAGGUACAGGUGCCUUGUGAAUUCUCCCCGUGAGGCCGAUGCGUUCUUCAUCCCUUACUACGCAGGACUGGACGCUCUCAGGUUCCUUUACGGGGCGGACAACUUGAACAGGCACGAGCAAGGGGUCGAUCUCGUCGAGUUUCUGGAGGCAAACUAUAGCUGGAGCUGGACAAGAAAUCUCGGCCACGACCACUUCAUGGUAACAGGAAGAACAGCUUGGGACUUUGCUAGCUACCGCGGAAAGUCUGGAAGCUCGUGGGGGACUAGUCUUCGGCUGCUCAAGCAGAUGGAAAACGUGACGACUUUGGUGAUGGAACGACGUCCCUGGGAUCGGACAGAGCAGGCAAUACCGUAUCCAACUUCCUUUCACCCGGCGACCAAGUCGGAGCUACAGGCAUGGAUCGAGAGAGUCAAGGCAAGCCCGAGAGCCAACUUCAUGUCCUUCGCCGGAGCUCCGCGGCCUCAGCAAAACGAGAGCAUCCGGGGGAUCCUGUUUGAGCAGUGUCGCAAGUCCCGGAGCUGCGAGGCCGUGAAUUGCUCGAAGCUGAGGUGUGCUCACAAUCCCCUCCCGAUCGCCGAGAAGCUGCUGUCCUCGAUCUUUUGCCUCCAGCCGCAGGGAGACACUUCCACUCGCAGGUCGAGCUUCGACUCGCUGGUUUGCGGCUGCAUUCCCGUCUUCUUCCACGCCGACUCGGCCUACACACAGUAUACUUGGCAUCUCCCUCGCGAGCGCGAGAGCUACUCGGUGUUCAUCCCCGAGGAAGACAUCCGUCGGGAUGGGCUGGAGGUGGAGGAGUUUCUGAGGAGCAAGUUUAGCAGCCAGAGGAUUGGAGAGCUCCAGAGGAACAUCCGGAAGAUCAUCCCGCGGCUGCUCUAUACUGGGAAGCCAUGGAGCUCUGGCGAUGGUGGUCGGGAUUCUCUCGAUGGGGAGGACGACGCUUUCGACGUGAGCGUGAAAGAAAUGGUGGAGAAGUCGCAAAGGACCCAAUUUUCCAGUACUUAAUCAUUUGUUUUGCAUUCCUUAAAGAAUCUCAACGGCCAGGAUUUGUUUUC